AUGCAGGCGAUGCUGGGCCUUCUCAUGGACUCGGAUGACGACGGCGAAGACGAGGGGGCUGACAGCGACUGGAGCGCCUCCUGCGUGAUCCUGAAGUUGGAAGCAGGGUGUCCGGGUGAUGAGGUGGUGCCGGAGGAGGCGACGAGCGAGGGGGAGGGGGAGGCGCUGGAGAUCCUGCGGCGGGCGAGGAAGCGGCGGCGGAGGGAGGCCAACGCCAAUGCGAUUGUGCUCGUCCAAGACCAACGCUGAACAGAGGCUCGUACAGCAACCCAACGGUAACGCGUGGCUCGUACAGUGGGUCGACAGACAGUGUUUUAAUAGAGGUGUGGUUAACGGGGCAUACAGGAGAGGUUACAGAGGCCGGGAGAGGUAAAAGUAUACACACUAUUUCACCGUGUGGUGAUGUGAUGUACAGACAGAGACACGUACUUCUCUUCUUUUUCCCUUUGCACCGACGAAAUGGAGGCUCGUACUGCUAAGCAAGUUGAAGAUUUU